CACCAUAACAAGUGUAACGUUCUGAAGCUGAGGAGGGAAGGCGGCGGUUUUACUCCUGAUGGCGAUGUUUCUGCAUUUAAAACAUUAGCCGACCAGUCCCUGUCUCUGAAGGAUUAGCGUUACAGUGCACGUGACUCAACUAGAUUAGAUCGACUAGAUUUGUAGCAGACAAACCGUGGAUUGCUACUGGACCGCAUAAACUAGUUUGCAAUUAACAAAGAGAUUGCGACAUAGCAGCUCUUUACUUACACAGUGAACCUCAGGUCCCCUAUACAGUGUGCGCGUGAUUGAGUAUGUCGGAAUCACAGAACUAUACAGAUUGGAAUAUUUUUAUUUCCGCAUAAUUUACCUGGACACGGACUUUGAAAAACUACAUACCGGAAGUGCUAAGUGCUGUGUGUAUCUUGACCUCGUUGUGUUCCUCUGCUGUCCCGUUCAUCCUUCUUAACUCUGAAGUGAGUAUGGAGCUCGUGCAGUGUUCCUGCAGCACACGCGCCGUAUCUUUCAAUUUCCGCGCGGAUCUCUCGGAAGCAGCAGUGGGCAGGUAGCCGGGCAGGAGGCUCAGCAGGCAUGCCGUCCGAUGUGGAGUACAGCCCGGUGGGAGAGGGGCUGGGGAUGCGGGACUUCUGGCUGUAUGUGUGGCUGCGCAGGGCGGCGAUGAUAGCGGCUCAUGUCACCGGCCUGGGCCUGACCCUCACCAUCUGCCUGCUGUCCAGACCCGGAACCAGUCUGUUCUCUUGGCAUCCAGUGUGUAUGUCUGUCGCAUACUGCCUGUGUAUGACUGAAGGCAUCCUCCUCUUCUCGGCUGAAGGAUCCCCCUUCUGCUUCAUGUCUCGGAAAGGUAAAGUCCGUCUGCACUGGUUCUGUCAGGCUCUGGUCCUGAUAGCCGCGGCCACCGGGCUGGGCUUCAUGGUGGCCAGUAAGAACGUGUCGGAGCUCCCCCACCUGCUGACCUGGCACAGCGUGCUGGGGGUCUGCACUCUGGCUGCGACUGUGCUGCAGGCGGCCUGCGGCGUCUGCGUUCUCUUCCCUAAGCUGCUGCGCCUUUCCUCCUCCCCACUGAGGCUGAAGCUGUACCAUGCCACCUGCGGCCUGGUGGUCUACCUGCUGGCCACAGUCACCGUGGUGUCGGCCAUGUUUUCGGACUGGUUCCAGGCCACGGUGAAAGGCCUGGCCUGGUGGGCUUUCCUCCUGCUGCCCCUCUUCCCCGCCCUGGUGGUGAUGAACCAGAUCACUAACGCCUACCUGCCACGCAAGAAGAUCACCAGCUAGGAAGCACAGCGCACAGGAGAUACCCCUCAAUCCCUCUGUGGCCAUGUUGGAUCUACUCAGAGACUCAGGGAAGCGGAGCAGGAGCUCAGCCUUUGGAAGUCAAAUAAGUCACAAACAGCCGGACAUGCUGCUCGUCCCACAGACAGAUCCUAACAUAAAAACAUGUCUGAAGAGAACUUUAGUUUGACUGUGCUCAAUCUUUGUUAGUUACUGAUGCAAGAUCACUUUCAACCUCAUUUCUCCACUCAAAUGAAUGCUGAGGUUAUAAUAACACUGAUCGUUUUCUUUCUUCUUAUACCAAGUGCAAAUACCAGAAGGUUACAGCUGGCUGUUGUUAAGUGUGGGGAGCUACUUCAUUUAUUCCAUUUGAUAAAUGAGUGGAUGAAUAAUUGAAAGAAGUACAGAAUACAUUUUGGGCAGAAGUUGUUUGCUCACAUAUUAACCCCUCCUGACUCACUAAACUCUAGCACCUCGAGGUCAGCAGGAGAACUAAAAGACUUCCAGCUCUGACUCCUGCUAAAACACACAGACCUUCAACAGGAAGAGGGACACUAUGCACAGUGUGGGUAACCAUGCCCUAUGUAUGACACAUGUAUGAUGACCCAGCUGGUUGUGGUCUGACAUAUCUGCAGAGGAAUAUUUGCUUUCCAUAUGCAAUGAAUACGAUGUGGAGGAUUUUGUACCAGCAUGCACAUUCUAUUUAUUUAUUCUUUUGUAAUACAUGUGUGUUUUGUCUUGCCUUGGCUGCUUAAAGGAGCCACAUGUUAAAGCAAGUUCCAUCAGUCAGUCUGUCUGAUGGAGCCCAAACAGAGCUGAACGGGAGCAGAUAUUGGGCUGAGUUCAGCAGGUGGACACUAACACGACUCUAAAUAAAUGCUCACGUUGCUCAGUGUCUGCAGGAUGUGCAGAUAAGCAGCUGUUGGCUAACACAUUAGUCACUAGGGCUUGUGUUCCGUAGUGGCCACAACAACCAACCAAUGCAGCUUCAAUAGAGCAUGGCCACCAUAAUGUAGAGACAUGACUUAUUCUAUCAAAUAUGACACUGAUUGUCCCGGGUGGUGGGCGCUGUAAGCUAGAGAGUAUCUUACAUGAGCAUUUUGAAAACACUAAACAUGUCAGACAGCUCUGUGGGAUAUGAGCUCUGUGAACAUUUGCUUUAGUGGGAUCACUGCUGUGAGGGAGACGGUUUCCUCAUUUAUUAUAGAAUUACUUGCUUUGAUAAUAAUGUGAGAAACUCCUUUUUAUUUUUCAUUUCUGUGUUUCACUGAUGGUUUGAUAGCCCUAAGUUUGUGUUAUGUUAGCUUUUGUAGUCACUUGGUGUACAAUAGAGUUCAGUCUUUAGAGCACCCUCCAUGUGUUGCUUUCUCAAACAAGGCCAAAGGCACGAUCCAGGAAUUGAAUGCAAAUUGAAACCUCCCGUCAUAUUCAACCAGCGCUCAAAGUCCCGUCUUGUCUUGCUCAUUAUCUCUGUAAAGCAGGGGUGUCCAAACUUUUUUCACUGAGGGCCACAUCCAGAAAAACAUAUAAAGGACUGGCCCCUCACUAGAGGUGAGCUAUAUCACCUCAUAUGUUAAGUUAUAAGUUAGCAACAUCAAUCAAAUGUAGUUAAAUUAUGCUUGAUAAUUGAAUAUGCUUUAGGAAAAACAGCGUACAUCACAGGUCUCCGUAGGGGUUCCUGUGUUUUGUUGGCAGCUCCUUUCUUAAAACAGAAGCCUCAGAUUGAUUAUAAUAAGAGGAAAUAUGAAGGGUAUAUUUAAAGCGUGUUAUUCAAAUAAGCUAUUGGGCUUUUUUUUACCAACUAAAAUUUGUUAGAAAAGGUUUCUUGUUCAGCUCAAUGGAAUGCAUUUAUUGGAAAAAUGAUUAACACAUGAACACUACUGUGUAAUAUAUGUUUUGAUUUUUAAGAAGUACAAUAUAAGACCACUUAAAAGGGCCAAUCGUAGUUUGGACACCCCUGCUGUAGAGUAUUUCAAUUGGUAGAACAUUCAAUCACUGUACUUUUUCAUCCAAUUCUAGUCUAAUUUGUAAUUCAGAAGAACUGUGUUGAUCCAAAUGAAUUACAAGUUUGUGUCUUGCUUCUGAAUGAGGGUGUAGCCAUCAAACAGAGUAUUUGAUGCUGUCUACAGAACUAGUAGAGAAGGCCACACAGCAUGGAGCAAAUACAAUUCAAAGCAGCAAUAUGAUGUAUCAACACUCAGCCGGAGCCCUGACUGCAUAAAGACCUUUUGGAUGUACUGAUCCUGCAGCACACAGGCAGCUUAUGUAAAUACUUUUUUGACAUACUACCAAGCAUUUGUUGGUCAUGGUAUGUACUCUGUGUGUAAUUAAAAAAUAAGAAUGGAAGAUAAUUCAACAUGUUAUGGUUCUUUAACGCCCAUAGACUGUAUAGGUGAGGCCAGGAAAUAAUAUGGAACCAGGAACGCUUCACCUUUUCAUUUCCAGACCGGGUUUAACGGGCUAUGCUGGUGUGGUUUAAUCGGUUUGAUGAUCAUGUACUGCAAGAAUUAUUUCCUUUAUGAAAAAGUGGCAUUAUAAUCCUGAGAAUGUUGCUAUUUCUUUACUUUUUGUAGAUGCUACUGAGCACACCUGGCUCUACCAACAGGUGUGGGAGAUAAAUCUCAGGGCUGUGCUGUACGAGGCGAUCAGAAUGUAACUUGUGACUUUGUAUUUAUCCAGUCCUUUUCAGGAUUAUCUGUAAUAAACACAUAACUACAUUUGAA